AUGGCUGAGGACACUCGACAGUGCUCGAGUUGUCUCGUUGGCAAGCCCAUCAAUCAGUUCAAAAGUAAGACAGGAAAGCGCCUUUGGAAAACAAAACAGGAUCAUCGGGCUUCAAAACGCAAAAGCAAUGAGCCUGCAGCCACUGAUCCUCCAGCUGAGGAGACUCAUAUCCCUCACUUUAUCUGGCCAACUGCUGCUUCCCUACGUCGUAUUGCUCCUCAAGAUCUGACUGCUCAGCCAAUUCAGCACCAGAUUCAAGAAAUGCAAGAGGCACAGCAACCUUCUCCUACACCUUCACAGAGCUCUACAAGCCAAACUCCAUCUACACCAGAUCCUCUGACAGCGAUGAGUGCAGGUAUCUCUUUGACCCCUGAUCCUCUUGCUUUCGUUGGAAAUGAGCCAGUCAGUCCUACUUUACGUAGAACAACUACUGGAUUGAGCUUAUUAUCAUCAAUUAUUGAUCCUCCAGCUACGUUUAGUAGCCUAGCAACGUCGACGCUAGACCCUCUUGCCAUACUCAGUAGUGGUGCAUCCACCCCUGUCAUAAGGACAGCACCUGCGCACUUUACUCUACUACCCUAUAAAGCUCGUCGCUCGAAGAGACUAUCUAGUCUCUGUUUAACACUACGCCAUCCUAUUAUGUUGAAUCAUUUUGUAUGUACUAUAUGUCAGACACCGCGUUAUUUCAGUUGGCGAAUCGCAAAUGGUGUUAAUAUCUGUGAAUAUUGCCAAAAUUUAAGCAUCCCCUUCGAGGAGCAACAUAAAUCCUGCGUUAGUUAUCAACAAGACGUUCCUAUCGCCGCCUUCUUUGAUGACAAAUCUAAUGAACACGCUCACUAUAACCUAUGUCGCGCCAGCUCUAUAAUCUAUGCUGAGACUGACCUAUCUUAUGUUCCUGAGAGUAGUAACGUCCAUUUUGAUGACACUCCUAUAGUGGUAUCUACUUUGGCUCAAGAAUACUCUGAACAGGACCCUCCUUAUAUUCCUGGGAAUCGCGAUGCCCUUCUCCAGCCUGCACUUAUAGAGACUGAUUUCAACUAUAUCAAGAACUUUCACAAGUCCCUAGACAAGCAACAAUUAGAAUAUUGUUAA